CUUCAAGUCAUUCAAAAAACUCCAAAAACGUAACAACUCUUUUUGAUCUUGCUCAAUCUAUACCAAUUGGACAAUUUACACACAUUCUUCCCCAAAAUUAAAUGCACAAAUCAAUUCAAACACUCCACCUUCCACCUUCCACCCCCAAAAAUCCCAAUUCCCAACCCCAUUGUUUGGAAUCAUUGAAAAUUUUGGAACUAACAUUAGAGAGAAAUGUUGUUGAAAUUAUCACUAAAACAAUACACGGUGCUUGCAGUUCCAGUGCAGCCACCGCCACUGAAGCUUACCCACCAUGGAUUUUACUGUUGUAGAAUCCGAUCAUCUGCAAAUGAUUCUACUGAUCGUAAAUUACCUUUCAGAUUCCCGCUUAAAUGGAAGGAUCCCAAGUGGAAAUUAAGCGAUUUUGAUUCCGAUGUCGUGAAGAAAAGUUUGAAUACAUUGCUAUCAAGGACCCAGAACUUCCUAAAUGAAGCGACUUCUCUGUAUGUUAAAACUGGAAAGCUUGAUGACAACAAUGAUGUUGAUCAUCAUGACAGUGAAAAUCUACUUAUGGGAGAACUGACUAUUCAGAGUGAAAUGCUUGAUGGAAAUAUUUCUUUGGCUGCUGCUGUUUCAAUCGAAGAGUUCAGUCGGAUGAAUGGAUUGACUGGGAAGAAGAUGCAAAAAUUAUUUGAAGCUCUUGUGCCCAAAUAUGUGUACAAGGAUGCCCGCAAUUUGGUCGAGUAUUGCUGCUUUAGAUUUUUGUCAAGGGAUAAUUCUGACAUUCAUCCUUGCCUUCAGGAGCUUUCUUUCCGGAGGUUGAUAUUCAUCACUAUGCUUGCUUGGGAAAAGCCUCACAGACUAGGAAAUGAUUCAUAUCCUGAUGGUUCCGAAGAGGCAGCUUUACAGACAAGGCUUGUCAGAGAAGAAGCUUUUAUUCGCAUUGCGCCUGCUAUAUCUGGUGUUGCUGAUCGAUCAACUGUGCAUAAUAUCUACAAGGCUCUUGCUGGUGAUAAAGGGGGAAUCUCUUUCAGCGUUUGGUCAUCAUACAUUAAUGGACUUCUGAAAGUGCAUAACGGAAGGACUUCUUAUAAGCUUCAACUUCCCUACAUUCCGUCAGAACAAGUCUUGUGUGUGGGUUUCAGCAGGAAGCAGCCGAUUCUAAAAUGGGAGGACAACUUGGCAUGGCCAGGAAAAUUAACCUUGACAGAAAGAGCCCUUUAUUUUGAGCCAAUGGACUUCUUUAAGAGCAAAAAGCGUGAGAGAUUGGAUAUUACGGGACCCGGGGCUCAGGUGAAGCAAACUAAAGUUGGGUUAUUCGGAUCGGUGCUCUUUGACUCAGCUGUCUCUAUUACUUCUGGUGAAAAGCAAUGUAAACCAUGGGUGUUGGAGUUUAUUGAUCUUGGAAGUGAUAUGAGGCGAGAUGUUUGGCAUGCAUCUAUAAGUGAAGUUAUUUCUCUUCACAAGUUUGUGCGCGAAUAUGGACCUCAACAAGAUGAUUUGGUUUCUCACGUUUAUGGUGCUGAUAAGGGAAAUAAAAGAGCUAAAAAAGAGGCUAUUAAUAGUAUCUCCAGACUUCAAUCACUUCAGUCUAUCGAGAAGCUACUGGAUGAGCCAUUGAAACUUCUUCAGUUCUCAUAUUUGCAAUAUGCUCCAUAUGCUGGUGUUGUUUGCCAAACUCUUGCUCUAAAUUAUUGGGGUGGACCAUUAGUUUCAAAGUUAAGGAAUGUAAGAAGCCCUCAUACUAAGAAUUCUAGGGCCUUGGAUGAGGCAUAUGAAGACCAUGUACAUGACGUAGAUGGAAGUGUGUAUCUGACCCAGUGGAUGACAUCUCCAAGCUGGGCUUCUAGUAGUUCUAUAUCCUUUUGGAGGAAUACACCCCUUAAGCAAGGAUUGGUGCUUAGCAAAAAUCUUAUUGUAGGUGGGGCUUCCUUGACAGAAAGGGCAGCGAAAAUAUGCAGGGAAAAAAGUAAAGUUAUUGAAAAAACGCAGGCCACCAUUGAUGCUGCUACCCUGGAAGGGAUACCAAGUAACAUUGACCUUUUUAAGGAGCUUGUUCUCCCUGUAACUACUAUGGCUAGAAAUUUUGAAAAGCUUAGACGCUGGGAGAAUCCAUACUUGACUAUCUCUUAUCUUGGACUGGCAUAUGCUAUCAUAUUCAGAAAUCUGCUAGCAUAUGUAUUUCCUACAACAUUGAUGGUAGCUGCUGGUGUUAUGCUAUCAUUAAAGGCGUUAAGGGAGCAAGGCCGACUUGGAAGAUCUUUUGGGAAAGUUACCAUUCGUGAUCAGCCACAUUCUAAUACAGUUCAGCAGAUCAUAGCUCUUAAGAAGGCCAUGCGUGAUAUGGAGAACUAUCUUCAAAAUGUCAACGUCACACUUCUAAAAAUACGUACUAUACUCCUUUCUGGUCAGCCUCAGAUAACCAAUGAAGUUGCGCUAGUUCUGUUAUCGUCUGCAACGGUCCUGCUCAUUGUUCCUUUUAAAUACAUUCUUUCAUUCUUUAUAUUUGAUCUGUUUACACGUGAGCUGGAAUUCCGGAGGGAAAUGGUUUUAAGGUUCAAAAAACUUUUGAAAGAUCGCUGGCAAACUGUGCCUGCUGCUCCAGUUGUAGUAUUACCAUUUGAGAAUGAUCAAAACAAGGAAACCAACGAAGUGGAGGCGCAAGAGAAAUCAGAGUGAAGAGCUCAUCUUGAAGAACGAUUGAACAGAAGUUCAAGAUGCAGUCAGAUACAUGGAGCAAAAAUUAUAGUGGUGGAUCAUUAUAAGCAUAGCUGCAGGCCAAGCUUUCUCAACAGUUGUGGAUUGUUGUCUCACACUCACAAAAUACCGCAUUUCCACAAAUCCCUUAUAGCAGUCCUCAUCACUCUUGAAGUAAUCACGAGCACCUUAAACAGUAAGCUCUGAUGGGAAAUUCCCUCUCAAGUUCUCCAUCGCAACCAGAAGUGCCGCAGUUCCCUCCCAUUGGUAUGUUGAAACCCAAUGAGGCUGACGUCAUAGAAAUCUGGUAUUCCCAAGGUAAAUUGGUCCUGAGCAUUUGGGAGGACUCUCUCAGCAACCAUUACUAUUGGUGUCCAACAAAGCAACAACUUGCUCGACUGCGUACUCCAAUACUCGCCCACGCCAUCCAGGUCGAGAAGUAAAUACUUAGGAUUGUCAAGAAAAACCUGUGCUGUUAGUGUUUUCACAUGGCAACGGUCUAUUAUUGUGGAAUUGGUGCCUUCUGAGUGACACGGACCUGUUGUUUAGCACAACCUCGAGUUUUUAGGACAACUGUUCAUAUUCUCAUAGCUUGUAAAUAAUGCUAGAAAAGGUUAUGAUUACAAGAUUGUGACAACUUUUAUCAGGAUCAUUGUUGGUACAUGACAGUGGGGAGAGGUUUUAGUGUCGGCAACAAUGACAGUAAUUAGUAUAACAAUGACAGUAUUUUAAUACAACAAUAACAGUAUUUGUGCAAACGAUGGCAAUACUUACAUAACACUUGUAUAUAUAUUUUUACCCAUACAUUUAAUAUGCAACACUUUUAUCCAUUCA